UCAUAAUAAUCAUAAUAAUAAAUGAAUAUUAAUAUCGGUCUAUUGUCUUCCAGUGUUGCAUUUAUAGUCAUUUCGAAAAAACCCACACAGAAGCCGUGUUGUGUGCUGAGGUGCCGACAGGGGGCGCAGUUUGUUGACAUCACAGCGUCAGAAUGAAAGCUGUCAGGGCGAUGUCGCGCGCAGCACUGAGCACCGAAACAUCUGCAGCAGCUGGGCAGGACGCGGCUUAGACAGACAGAGUUUGAAGUGUCGUGCAGCAGAGCCAUGGCAGCCCAUCCCGCCCCGCAGUCCAUCCUGAGGGAGUUCUGCCCGCUCUACUACCUGCUCAACGCCAUCCCAGCCAAGGUGCAGCGGGGGUUCCGCUCUGUGCUCGUCUACCUGACGGCGCUGGACAGCAGCAGCGACUACGUGGCGGUGGGCAGCAGCAUCGGGAUGCUCUACCUGUACUGCCGCCGCCUCGGCCACAUGAACAAAUACAACAUGGAGGGAAAGUGCGAUGCGAUCACAGCAGUGAAGCUGCUGAGUUGCUUUGAUGACCUGGUUGCCGUGGGAACAGCGUCUGGCAGGGUGGCGCUCUUCCAGCUGGUGUCUCCACUUCCUGGUCGCAACAAACAGUUGCGGCGUUUUGAUGUUGUUGGUCUUCAUAAAGGAACAAUCACGGCUCUGGCAUGGAGCGCCAACGGCAUGAAGCUUUUUUCUGGAGACGACAAAGGCCGAGUCGUUUUCUCUGCACUGGACCUGGACCAGGGAGUCUGUAAGCCUGUGCUGCUGCUGGAGGAGCCGUCAGGUGUGGUCCAGCUGGAUUACAGCCACAGAGUUCUGCUGGUCUCCACGCAGCAGAGAUCAGCUCUGUUCUGCACCGAGGGGCGGAGCCUGCAGCAGCUGGGUACCCGGCCCAGGAAGAGCAGCGGCAGGUUCGGCGCUUGCUUCCUUCCGGCUCUCUGCAAGCAGAGCGACCUGCAGGUGUUUGCCGCUCGGCCGGGACUGCGACUCUGGAGGUCCAACGUCCGAGGGCUGGUGGAGGACACGAGGCUGCUCAAACCGCUGUUCACCUCACAGGUGCCUCAGUUUGAGUUGUUUCCUCGUCCCGGUCCAGUAGGAGCUUAUCGUCCUGCGGACAGACAGCUGGGUCUGCUCUGCUGCUUUUUCAGAGAGGGCUGGCUGCUGAGCUGGAACGAAUACAGCGUCUACGUCUUAGACUGUAUUAACGAGGUGAUCGUCGGGGCGUUGGAGAGCAGUGGCGACAUCGUGUCAGUGUCUUGUUGUGAAAACGAGAUCUUCAUCCUGAAAGGAGACAGAGACGUCAUCCGCCUCUCCAACAGCCCUGAGGGACUGGCCUCCAACUUGUCAGAGCUCUCCUUCCGUCUGUCCUCUCCUUUGACCACGCCCACCGUCCUCCUCCCGCCAACCGGAUCGGUGGAAACUGCUCAGCCAAUCAGAACCAUGGCCAUCAUCGUGGAGGGAGCCGGGGGGGAGAUCCGGGGGGAGGCGGGGGACGAAGAGGAGGAUGAGGAAGUGGAGGAGGCGGCAGAGCAGGAUGAGCAGGUGGAGGUGACGGAGUCGGCGUGGGGGCGGCUGGACGCCGCCGGCGACUCACGAAGCAGAAGCAGCUCCAUCACCUCCUGGGACAGUAUCCAUGGAAACACACCUAUGACCACCUCCUCUGAACUGAGCUCCAGACGUUACAGCGCCCCGCUUGGCCAGGAGGAGCUACAGCAGGAGCUGGUGGUCAAAGCUAUCCGAGUGAAGAAGAAGAGGAGGAGGAGACAAGACAGCAGUGGAAACCGUCUCUCUGAAAGCAGUUGGUCUGACUCCUUUGCGGUCCAAGAUGGCGGCUGUAGUGACGGAGGAAGUGACAGUCUGGACCUUCAGAGCAGCAGCUUCGUGGAGAGGGACCGCCAGACGCCAGGGGGCGGGGCUUCAGACGGGGGAGAGGAGGCAGGACGUUGUUCCAGCCAGGCCGGCUCCUGCCUGCCUCCAUCUUCCCUGGCCGUCCAGGGCCCGGACAGCCAGACAUACCCAGCCCAAGGCUCUCUGUCUGGGGCAGAGACGGAGGCUGUGCCCCCCACUCCGGAUGUAGAUCUGCUGCUGGAAUGCACCUUCUCCUACAUGCAGAGCUCCGAGCAGGACGGACCAGAGCAUCAGCCAAUGGAAGAACAGGAGGACGAGUUCCUGAGCCCUCUGAUUGGACCGGAGGAGGAGGAGGAGGAGGAGGAGGAGGAGGAUGAGGACUUGGCGCCCUCUGGUGGCCUGGUGGACCAGAUGUACUACUCCACCGUGUCCAGUUUGGACAGACGGCCCAGCGUGUCUAGCGAUGAAGAGGAGGAUAUCUAUGCAGCGCCCUCUGUUGGCAGCGUGGGAGAUGGCCUGAGCUGUCUCUCCAUCCAGACGGACAGGAAGUCAGUCUCGCCGGACGAAGACAGACAGGACAGAGAGCGGCACAAAGCCGACCAGCUGGCGGAGAGCUGGAUGGGCUACUCGGGACCCGGGUGUGGCAUCCUCAGCCUGCUGGUGACUGACAGGCAUGUUUGGUGUCUGGACUUCAAGGGCGGCUUGUUCUGCAGCCCUCUGCCUGAAACUGGCCUGAACUGGCAGCGCUUUGAAGACAAUGUCCACCAGAUGGCGCUGUCGCCCUCAGGGAGUCUGCUGUGGAAGGUGGAGCAGAAGAGCAUGACGGCGUUCGCCUGUGCCAAAGUGUCCAUCAAAGGAAAGCGUCACUGGUACAAAGCUGUGGAGCAGACGGCGUUCGUCACUCUGAGCGACGACAGCGCCUGGAUCAUCAGAACCAACGGAGACCUGUACCUGCAGACAGGCCUGAGUGUGGAGCGGCCGUGCGCUCGCUCGGUGAAGGUGGACACUCCGUGUGUGUUCAGCCAGGUGUGUGUCGGGGGGGGCGUGGUCUGGGCGCUCAGCGAACACAAAGCUCUGUUCUACCGAGAAGGACUGAGCCGCUUCUGCAGCGAGGGCGAGAGCUGGAAGUACGACAAAGUCAGUGAGGCUCAGGGUUUGGAGCUGGUUUGUGUUGCCCUGGGAGACGGUGGCACCGCCUGGGCGCUGGACGCCAGCGGCAGCCUCUGGUUCCGAACCGGCAUCUCCCCGUCCCGCCCGCAGGGUGCUGACGACCACUGGUGGCAGAUCAGUAUUUCAGACUACGUGGUGUUUGAUCAGGGCAGUUUGUUCCAGACGCUGCUGCAGGCAACACAGAGCGUUGCCACGGUAACGCGGGCGCCGGUGGAGCGCGUGGUGGCGUUCCUGUCGCAGUACUCGCAGUGCCAGCCGAGCCUCGUCAGCGCCAACAGCAGCGGCGUCUGGGUCGCCUCGGGCCGCAACCAGCUGCACCUCGCCAAGGGAAGCCUGGUCGGAACAUUCUGGCAGAAUGUCGUUCCCAGAGGAACCGUCUCAGCCACCAGAUGGACCUUCAUCACUUCCUCUGCUGUUCCUCACAGAGAGGGUACGUUCCUGUGGCUGGCUCAGAGCAGGAAGGAUCUGUUCUGUGUUUGGGACCAGGACGGCGAGCUCCGCCCCUCCUCUGUCCCGCUGCCGCCUGAGGUGGAGCUCAGCCAGCUGUCCGCCUGCCGGGACGCUCUCUGGGGUUUGGACACUCAGGGCCGCGUCCACAUCCGCACCCUGUCCCCCUCCUGUCCCGCCGGCCUGCACUGGACGCCCCUGGACCUCAGCCAGCUGGGUGCAGUGCGACUGGUCAGUGUGUGUUGCGGGAGUCAGAACGUCUGGGCGGUGGACAGUCGUGGUAUCGUCUACUUUCGGGUUGGAACUCAACCACUGAACCCCAGCAUGAUGCUGCCGGCCUGGAUCCACAUAGAACCACCUGUACAGCCGGUGGGGGUGCAGCUGGUCAGCAUCAGGACCAGCCCUAACGACCGGUUGCUAUGGGCGCAGGACAACAGGGGGUGUGUGUUUGUGAGGACGGGGCUGAGCGACGAGAUGCCCGUGGGGACGGACUGGGAGCUCGUACCUGGUCUGGCGGUCAGUCAGCUGGUCCUCAGCAGCAGGACGGUGUGGGUCCGCUGUCUGAACGGCGACGUGGCGCGGCGUUACGGCGUCUCCGACAGAAACCCGGCCGGAGAUUACUGGAAGAAAAUCCCCGGCAGCGCCAACUGGCUCACAGUGACUCCGGAGGACGAGCUGUGGGCGGUGACUCUGAUUGGCGGUUUGUCUCGUCGGUUGACGAAGCUCCUCCCCCAGAGCCCGGCUAAGCCCCGCCCCUCGGCCGCCUCCCUCAGCGGAGACGACCUGGACGACGAAUGGGAGCUCAUCUGAUCGAUGACAUCACUGUGACAUCGCUGAACUUCCUUCUGCAGCGUUGCCGUGGAAACCUUCCCGCAUAGUGUCGGCAGUCUGAACUGGAAUCAGCUGAUUGGCUGAUGGCGUGAUGUCACUGUGACAUCAACGUGGGAAAAGAGGGAACAGGAAGUGCAGCGUGUGAUGUCACAGCAGACAUGCAUGAUGUCACUUCCUCUUGAUCCACAAACAACUUCCUGCUUUGAGGCUGCGAGGCCGCCAUAGACGGAGCACAGAGGGAUGCUGGGAGAUGAAGUGAAUUCAUCUGCUAGGGAAGCACUUUACGCUCUGUGUGUGUGUGUGUGUGUGUGUGUGUGUGUGUGUGUGUGUGUGUGUGUCCUGCUUCCUGCUCUUUAAAUUUCAUAUCAUUUGAAUGUUCCAGGCCAGUUUGAUCCGGUUUGAUCUGGUUUGAUAAAUGUUGCUACUGACAGGAAAUAACCAACAAAUGUAACAGGACAUGAUGACAUCAUCAUGGUGAUGUCAUCGUCACCAUGUUGAUGUGUAAUAACAUGUAAUAAGAUGUAACCUCAUAAGGGCAUGUAAAUGUGUAAAUGUAACUUUCAUUUGUUUACCUGCUGCAGCCAAUCACAGAUCAACAGGUGAGACACCUGCUGGCCAGGAGCCAAUCAGCAGCAGGUUAAUCGGCUGCAGGUUAAUUGGCUGAGCUCGGCUGGUUCCUGCGCUGUGACUGGAUGUUUGUAUGAACGAAGGGACCAAUAGGACGCCCACCUAGCGAUGAUGUAAUGUCUGUUUGAUCCCGGCCGCCCGCCUCAGUUUCUUGUUUCUUGUUGCUGAUUUGCUCGUGGAAACCUGCGGUUACCACGACAACAGGCAGUAAAUACACAUCUAACGGAUUAUUUUGUCAAAAACUGUAAAAACCUGAUUUUAAAUGUAACUUUAUUGACACAUUUAUCUGCUUGGUAGUGAACACUGGAGCCCACUGUCUCCUCCAGCUCGCUCUGACCUUGUUGCCAUAGAAACCAGUGCUGUAACUGGACGCCGCCAUCGUCUGUCAUGUUGUCAUUAGCUGACUGGUAAGAUGCUUUGCUGCAGACCAAUGGGGGGAG